UUAUACCUCCACCUCAUAAAGGGUCUGGUUAUUUCAAAGCACCGAUACGAAAGGGAGCCUUUGACCCCGCUAGCAUUAUUUGAGGGUUUACAUUAAUUUCUAUGUAACUCCGCCCCGCACAUGGAUACUAUGAAAGGCAAUCGGGAACCUGAAGUAUUAUUGAGAUUUAUUCAGACUGCAGCCCCUGGUGUCGGUGUACGAAAGGAAGCUGAAGAGGCCAUUGAGGCGGGUCCAACUGUGGCUGGGCUAGGCGAUAACAGGACACUUGUAAGAACAUAAGAAAAGCCCUGCUGGAUCAUGCGAAAGCUCACUGGAUAAACUGAACUCUACAUAUAGCUGCAGUAUGGGUGUUAAAGGCUUGUAUUCGUUUGUGACCAACGCCUGUCCAGGUGGAUGUACAGUAGUAAACCUGAAAGAAGUGGCAGAAGACCACCGGAGCAGAUAUCCUGCGUCUGCUCCUGUUCUUGUGGUAGAUGCCAUGUCUUGUCUUCGACAGUGGUACACCGCAGAAUCCUGGGUUUGUGGUGGCCAGUGGUGUGAAUAUCUUUCUAAUCUGGAUGGUUUCAUAAAUGCCUUUACAGCAGCUGGUAUCAAGCUGGUGUUUUACUUUGAUGGUUUGGUGGAGGAGAAAAAGCGAGAUGAAUGGGUCAAACGAAGAUUGAAAAAUAACAAAGAAAUAGCCAGGAUCUUUCAGUUCAUCAAGACCAAUAAGCAGCAACCUGGGAGAGGAAUGUUCUUUAUUCCAUCUGGGUUGGCUACUUUUACCCGCUUUGGCUUGAAGGCCCUUGGUCAAGAGACAAUAUGUUCAUUGCAAGAGGCAGACUAUGAAGUGGCAUCUUAUGCACUGCAUAACAAUUGCAUGGGGAUCCUUGGAGAAGACACAGACUACCUGAUUUAUGACACUGCUCCCUAUUUUUCCAUUAAUAAGCUCAGCUUGGAUAGGCUGGACACAGUCAUGUUCUCAAGGCAAAAUCUCUGCCGCAAGUUAGGCCUCCAUCUCACAGAACUUCCCCUUUUUGCCUGCAUCCUUGGCACAGAUACAAUCCCAGAAAAGGCUAUGGAACGUUUUCGCAAUCAGUGUGUAGCUUCAUACUGUGCAAAAAGCCAGGGCUCUGAUAAAAGGGCUAACGUGAUUCUAGCUGUAGCAAGCUACAUUUCGACUAUUCCACGUUCAUAUGAUAGCUUGAUUGCUUUGGCAGAAAUGUUGCCUUUGGGAUCAGACAAGUCUUUACUUUGCAAAGGGAUACAGUCUUAUCUCCUACCUGGGCAGCAGUCUCCAUGGCUCCCUUGUGGCUUCUCAUAUCACUCAGCAGCAUCAUUCAAACAAGACAUGCCCCUGUGUUUAGAUCAGGAGAUCUUUCAGAUAGCUAAAGAACAACUUGUGAGAGCUGAAAGCCGUAUGGUGUACAAUGUCCUGUGUCACGGAGAGCUUGAUUGCAGCAACACUUUGGAGGAUGAGCAUGAUACAGAGCUUCCUGGACAGGCACUUAUCUAUCGCCUUGCUCGUCAGCAUAUCUAUUCUGUCCUGCUAGAGUCUGUAAAAGAUACCAGUGGACCCUGUCCUGUAAUAAAGGAGUGGUUUGUGUAUGCUGGGAAUUCCCUGCAACAACCAGACCUGGUACAACCCAAGCAACUCCCAGGUGGCACCCCUAGUCUGAGAUCACUGUGGUUCAGCAGGGGACUGGAGGCUGAAAAGCAACGCCGUUGGACAUUUCUGGCAUGCUUUCAACUGCAAGAUAUAGCAGAGGAGCUCCAGCCUCUGGAAACUCCUGUUGGUGUUGUCUGCUCCUUGUUGCUGUACCUCAUGCUGCAAGUGGACACCCUCUCCUUGGAAGACUUGAAUGCAUUUAUUGCUCAAACUCUGUGCCUCGAGGGGAAGUCAGCUGUGCAGCUUGCAGACUUGCAGCUUGCCCAGGUUGAUUCAAGAGGUGUCCAGCUUGGUUCACUCUUCAUCCGAGGUCUAAGUGUGAUGAUUUCGGCCAAUAGUGCCUGUGGCUUCCCCUUUAGAAUGGAUGACUUAAUGCCGUGGCGUGUAUUUGAUGGGAAACUCUUUCAAGAGAAAUACCAACAGGUCCAUAGAGGUUGCCCUUUACAUGAGCUUUUGGAAGGCAAUGAGUCUUGGCUUGCAAAGUUUCAGAAUCUGAUGUCCCUUAUCUGCAAAGCAUGCUCAGCAAAUGGUAGAAUAAUCCAGAGCAGACAGCGACUGAACAGCUUUAUGACAGAGAGGCAAGAAAGAGGAAGAGGUUCUUGCUUUCAGAAUGCAAACAGAAUUCAGUCUCGUCCUUACCGUCAUCACAACAGGGAUUGUCUGUGGAGAGGCCCUCAGUCAACUGACCAUUCUUUUGAAUCCCAGCCUCUGGGUCGAGAAUAUAGGCCAAGGCACCAGCCUCUAAGGGGACAAAGAUUUCAGCUUGCUUCUCGAUGGCCCAGAUGAUUCUCCUCCUGAAUGGAAAUGGGGAAGAAAAGAGUAUGAGCAGACAAGGAGUUUUGAUAAUGUAUGGAAUAUUAAUCAUUAUUAAUCAUUAAAAUUAAUUGAUUCACUUUA